AUAAAUCUAACUGCAACUGAUUUACUCAAUCAAUCUCUCGUUUUAAGUGAAGCUCUUGUCAAUACGAAAACGAAAGUGAAUCUUUUCAAAUUGAUUUGCUCAAAGUUAUUUAAAAAGCUGAGUGAUACGGCCGAUUUCCUUCAGUCGCUUUUAGCUGACUUUGGUGCCACAGAAAAAGGACAACAUCUUAUUGAUGAAAUAAAUGAAUCGCGAACUGAUCAUGACCAUUCAUUAUCACUUGCUUUUGAAAUUAAUGCAAAAAUUAGAGAAGCAGAGGAAAGCGCCAAUAAUCUCAAGAUGUGUUUAGAACGCAUUGUUAGCGGUUACUCAGCGGAUGAAGAUGCUAAAAUCUCCCUUAAAAGUCGUUUGCUGGAUAGUGUUUUUGAAAAGGAAAUGAAUGAGAAGCUGAUGAUUUUCGAGCAUUGCGACAUUACUUCUUCAUCUUCUCGUCUGUUUGAACCUGUAAAUGUAACUGCAACUGAUUUACUCAAUCGAUCGCUCGUUUUAAGAGAAGAUCUUAUCAAUAUGAAAGCUAAAGCAACUCUUUUCAAAUCGACUUGCUCAAAGUUGUUUGCUAAGCUGAACGGUACGGCUGAUUUCCUUCAGUCACUUUUAACUGAAUUUGAUGCCACAGAAAAAAGUCAGCGCCUCCUCGAUGAAAUGAGUGAAUUGCGAAUUGAUCUUCAUCGUUCAUUAUCACUUGCUUUUGAAAUCAGUGAAAAAAUUGAAGAAACAGAGAAGAAUGUCAGUGAUUUCAAAAUAUAUUUGGAGCGCACUUGCCCAUUGAGUGAAAUUCAGCCGAAUUCACAAGAAUUUAGUGAUAUAUCGGAUCAACAGUUAAUGACGGAAUUUGCUGACAUGAAAAAUUUUUUAAAUGAGAAAGAAUUUCCGCUACUACGAACUGAAGAGUCAUUAAAAAAUCAGUGCAUCUCAUCAGAAAAUCAGAGUCAGUGUGCGUCUCAUCAGAAAAUCCCAUCAUUAAAACAAUUAACUGAAAAUUGCAUGGUCGAUGAAAUAAAAGGCCUUAAAGAAGAAUUGCAUCGGGUUUCUGACAGUGUUAAAGCUAAUGAAGAAAACAGGAAAAAGGCGGAAGCAACGUGUGUUUUAUUGCUUCGUGAAAAGCAAGAAUUUGAGACAGAAAUAGUUAAGUAUCGUGACAUUAUUAAAAGCUUGGAAAGGCAAAGGUCCAGCUGUUCAUCGAUCCAAGUUCAAACUGAAAUGAACAUCGGCUGGAUUUCUUCACUUGAAGCUGAUUAUCAAAAAUUGCUGCUAAUAAAUAUUUGUGAACAAGAGAAUAUUAAACGACUUACUCAUUGCUUAUUGGAGAAAAAGAAGAAAUUAUCUGAACAAAAUUGUGCAAUAAAUGCGAAGCUAGAAAAUUCAACGAAUCAAUUUUCUGGUAUAAUAUGUACUGAAAUUGGAGUUCUGACGGAAAUAACUGGUGAGGAGCUGGAGAGAAAAAAUGAAUAUAUGUUGUCAUAUUCAUCAUUCAUUACAAAUUUAUACGAAUUUACUUCACGUUGGCUAUAUGGAUCUGCCAUUUGUCGAACUGAUCACGGGACUUUUAUUAAAAAGCAUGGUCGACCAUCUUCAUUAAAACAGUCUGAAUAUCUUAUAUCAGUUUUACCAGUAGCUGCAAAAUUCACAGAAUUGGACAUUCAAAAAGAAUUAUCUUACAUAAGUUUUGAACGAAUGAGCGAUUCAGCACAUUUCCUUGUUCAUAUUUUCAAAAAGCUGAUUCAGCAUGGUGAUAAAAGCGCUGAUCUUAACUUGGCGUUGAAUAUGGCUCGUAGUUUACGUUCACAAUUAUAUAUCCUUUGGAAAUGCUCAGGUAAUGCUGAAUCCAUAAAAGAAAAUGUGGCAUCAUUUUCAGAGAUAGGUUCGCUGAAAGAACAAAAUGUUCGUUUACAACUAGCACUAAAUGAUGCUACUGAAUUACUUAAAAUUGCUGAGGAGAAACUAAAAUUCCAGCCAGAAUCGAAAGUUGUUGUUUGUGAUCGAAUAGCCCAAGAAAUGAGCAAAAUACAUGAAGUUUUGAAGGAUGGAAGCAAGAUUUUUCGCUCUUUCAAAAAAAAAGCACCAAUUUCAAAAUGA